AUGGCCGCCGUCGCCGUCGCCGUCACCCUCCCCGAGCCGUUUGCCAGCAUCCCCCGCGAGCCGCUGCUCUUCGGGCCCUCGCCCAUCCAGCACCUGCCGCGCAUGUCCGAGGCCCUCGGCGGAACCGCCAACAUCUACGCCAAGCGAGAGGACUGCAACUCGGGCCUGGCCUUUGGCGGCAACAAGACCCGCAAGCUGGAAUACCUCGCCUCGGAAGCCCUCUCCCAGGGCUGCGACACCCUCGUCUCCGUCGGAGGCGUGCAGUCCAACCACACGCGCCAGGUGGCCGCCGUGGCCGCCCACCUCGGCCUCAGGGCCGCCACCGUGCAGGAGCACUGGGUGCCCGCCCCCGGCCCGGGCUACGACCGCGUCGGCAACAUCCAGCUCUCGCGCCUCAUGGGCGCCGAGGUGCGCCUCGACCCCUCGCCCUUUGGCAUCGAGCACAAGCCCACCCUGGCGGAGCUGCGGGCCGGCAUCGAGGCCCGCGGCGGCCGCCCCUACUACAUCCCCGCGGGGGCCUCGGACCACCCCCUCGGCGGGCUGGGCUUCGCGCGCUGGGCCUUCGAGGUCGAGGCCCAGGAGCGCCACAUGGGCCUCUUCUUCGACACCGUCGUCGUGUGCGCCGUCACGGGGUCCACCCUGGCCGGCAUGGUGGCCGGCUUCAAGCUCGCGCAGACGCUGGGCUCGCGCCCCCGCAGGGUCGUGGGCAUCGACGCGUCCGGCAGGCCCGCCCAGACGGCGGACCAGGUCCUCCGCAUCGCCAGGCGCACGGCCGCCAGGAUCGGCUUGUCCGAGGGGGACGUCGCGCCCGCCGACGUCGUCCUGCUGGACGAGUACAACGCCGGCGUGUACGGGCUGCCCGACGGGGGGACGCUCGAGGCCAUCAGGUUUGGCGCGCGGACCGAGGCCUUCAUCACGGAUCCCGUGUACGAGGGCAAGAGCCUGGCCGGUUUGAUGGGCGAGAUUCGAAAGGGCGCCAUUGUGGGCAACGUCCUGUACGCGCACCUGGGGGGGCAGCUGGCUCUGAAUGCGUAUCCCGACGUGGACGGUUGA